GAAGGAGUAUAAUCAUGCCUAAAGAUUCAUGGAACUGCUAGUCUGGAUAAUAUUCUUAUCAAUAUUCAACAGUUUCCAUUUCACUUUUACAUUGUUUAGCGAAAAUGUGCAAAUAUAAAGCUUUUUUAAAUUCUCGAAUACAGUUACUUGGAUUGGUAUUCAUUGGAAGCUUGGGAUUUAUAACAGCAGCAAUACAGGACGAAAACAUUGAACAGGGAUAUGAUGUCGGUGGUGGCGAUAUUUUUGUACUUGUGGAUUUUGAAUCAGGGAAAAUUUAUUACAAGGAUGAAAUGCGAAAAACUUGUUUUGCCGAAAAUCUUGACUCACUUUGGAAAUAUGGCCAUUUGAUUAUUCCAACCUCUGAUUUUCUAAACACAGAGCCAGAAAAUACUAAAAACAUGACAUCCAUACAGUUGCAAUUUUGUGGAAAUUUUCAUGUGUAUGAUUUGUCUAAGUUGGUGAACCAGAGAACAAUGCCAGGUGAAGGAAUUACAGACCAACUAGGAUCGAUGAUUAUUAGAAAUAAGCGAUCAUCGGGGCACUGGUAUCCUGGUGGAGGUGUUCAAUACGCAAAACCAGGAGGAUCAAGCCAGUCUCAAAUACAAGGGCAAGUGUCAGGUCAAGGCUACUUUUCAGGUCAAGCUCAAUCUCAGCAAAGCGGUUCCAGUCAAACUCAAGUUCAGCUCGGGGGAACAGGGAUCUUGGGAAGUGUGUCAAGUUCGGCUGGAAACGCCCAAGCCCAGAUAUCCCUCGGUGAGUCUAGCGGGUCAGGACAGGCCGGAAGUAGUGGUGUUGGGCCUUUUACAUCCCAGGUUCAAGUUAAUCUUGGACAAUAUGGCAGAGGAUCAAUGGCAAGUGCUGGAGUUACAGCAAAUGACCGAUUCGACCACAUAUCCGAUGGUUUCGCUCAUCAUGAUUCAGGAGGAAGCAGGAGAGGGUUUGACUUACAACCAGGUAGUCCUGUCCAUCCGGUGGCUCGGAAUUUUGGAGGAUAUCCAGGAUAUGAGGAUCAAAGACCAAGUCAAACCCCAUACGGAAUAAGGGAUGGAAGAGACAACUUCAAUGGUUACCAGGUACCUGGUACUGGUAGACAACAUUCAUAUGGAAUUUCCAACGGGGCAAGCAAUCUAUUGCACCAAACUUCUCCUCCGGUUUCGACCAUAAAUAAUGCAAAUUUACCACAACUACCGGAUCUUGGGAGUAGAUCAAGUCAAAUGUUUCACCCUGUAAAUGAACAUGGGACUGAUUUUGAGAAUUCUAGGGGUCAAGGCCGCUUCUCACCUGGUCAUAGUGGAACAGGAACAACAAAUGACAUUAAUUAUAAGCGGCCCAGUUCCCAGUACCCUUGGCCACAUGGAAAUAUUCAUUCUGCUGGGAAUUACCCUCGUACCCAAGAUGCAGGGAAUUAUUUUCAAUCCACAGGACAGUAUCCCCCUCGGUCUGUAAUAUCGAAGCAAGAUGACUAUGUCGCUUCUAAUUCUGGAUCAGGAUAUGGGGGUGAAAGGGGAUCAACUGCUUAUGCCGGAGGUGCAGGUCUUCCUCAUGCAUUAGCAUCAGGAAGUGGUCAAGCUCAAGCACAAAUUCAAAUGGUGCACUUGGGACAAGGAACGGCGAGAUUCUAUCGUCCACAAUAUGAGGAAAGUGAUUGGUCAACUUAUCCACAGCAGCAGCAUGACACACAAACUUCAAGGUCUUCAAAUUUGGGUUAUGCUCGUGGAUAUGACUCAUUUCCUACGACAAAACCUCCAAUAAUUUCACAACCAAUAUACUCUGGAAACCACAGUAUUUUCACUAAUUAUAACCAGAAUUUGACAAGAAAUACAAUUCAAGAUGGGUACAUUCCCACUUCUGGCGGUUAUAUUAAACCAUACCUUCAAAAUGGACAAUACGUUAAUGAACAAUUUGCAAAUAACAAUCGGGCUUCACACGUCAUACCUACAACUCAACGACCAAUCACUGGGCCCACUGUCUCACAUUACAAUGGACAGCAAACCUCCACUUCGCCACACUAUCAGCAGUCAUCACGUACAAAUGGGCAAUAUUAUGCUCCAGCAACUCAAACAACACGUGGGCGAAAUGGUAAUAAUGGCGAAUAUUCUCCCAGCAUUUCGGUACAAACUGAUCAGCAGACGUUGGCACCCGGAAAUGAACUAUUGCAAGGAUUUUAUCCGACUUAUUGGAAACCUGCUUCUGAAUCAAAUGGAAGUGGUGGAAAUGGUAAAAAAUGCACCGUCGUGACAUUUACAUGCACAAUUUUGGUCGAGUCAAAUGGGCGUGCAAAAAUUUGUCGCCCAUCGCAAAAUGGCGUUGGAGAAUAUGGCGGAGGUCAAAUAGAUCAGGCAAGAGCGAUGCAGAUUUGCUGUUGUUAAAUAAAUCUAUACAUAUUUGUAUCAUAAUAUGCAUCACAACCACUGCCAGUAGUAGUAUAGUCGUUAUUUAGUUUUAUUUUGUAACAUCACUUAUAAAAUUCACUGUCAAUUUAUCUUUGCCGAUGUACAGUUUGUACUUGAUUAAAAACUUAUGCAUAGUUUCAUGUAUCACA